CACAGUCCCAGCGUCACGAAUCGCAUUCUCUCCUUGGAUAAAGAGGAAAUCAAACAGGUACAGACAUCCAGAAUCCACGUGUGACGACCAUAUAUGCACAGAUCUCCGAGCCGCACUAUGUAACGAGCCGAGUUGCAGCAAAAAAUAAGGUAAACAAAAAAGGCCGAUCAGCGGUAAACACAAAAAAAUUUGCCAUUAUUUCUUAGGAAUUCACACGCCAUAAACGCUCGGAUACAAAAGCUGGCUCGAGUGUCGAGAGUAAACACUGAAAAAUAAACAUUUGCCCUUUUCUGCCUUUUGCUUCUUUUUCUUCUCGACCUUGUAUUUAUUUACUUUAAUCAAUUCUAUUUCAGCAAUUUAAAUCAUAUACAAUCAACAAAAAAAAAAGAAAUGACAAAGCCUCGGAAUUCAACAAGACGAAGCACAAACGGCAGCAAGCAUCGCGGCUCUGCCCUGGCAACUCCUAAGCGGAAUACCGCCACAUCUGCAGCAUGCACUCCAAAGGACAAGGGUGGCAACAGCGACAGCGGUGUUCGCGAUAUGUGGGACUUGGAUGCACCCAAAUUCUACGACUUUGGAAACUCAAAGACGCCCGGACCCAAGCCCGACAAGUGGUUUGAUUACGCCCACCCGACGCCGGCACUUAAGAACACGAGACUAUCGCGGCUCAGCUUCUCGUCUACUGAUAGCUAUGAGAGCUUGGUGCCAACUAGGCUCUCUCUGUCACCAUCGCGGGUGGUGAUGGGCGAGAACGGCAGACUGACACUUGACAGCGAGAUGGUUUCGAAAAUUUGCAAAGAGCAAACGCAGUCGCGAGAGACCGAAGAUGUGCCGCCUGAUGCCGCGCGCAAUGAAAAGGCCCUGGACAUUGAGAAGAAAGCUGCAAGAAUAUUGGCAAAGGCCCGGGCCAAUAACUCACAGCAGCUUGUUCGUGCGCAGCCGCCCAAGCGAACGGUGCCGCAGCCAUUCACCUUCCGCAGCGACGCUAUUGCCGAGCGCCAUUUGAUGAAGCUGCGCGAAGAGAUUGCUAUGCUGAAGGUCGAGGAGAAGGCAUUGCGCCAGUUCCGGGCGAUGCCAUUGCCGGACUUUCCAACUCCCAAGAAGCACAAGCGCGAGGUUCCUCAGGAGCCCAUGCACGCAUCGCCAUUCCAUCUGCAGACCAACUCGCGUGGCGAAGCAUACCAGAGCCAACUGAAGGCGCGUCUGGAGGAGCUGGAGGAGAAACAGCGUGAGCGUAGGGAGUUCAAGGCUCGGCCGAUUCCUCCCUCGAUCGACCAGCCAUUUGUUCCCCAGCCGUCGACCAUUCCUCUGACUGCCAUUGAGGAGAUUCUCUUGAGCACAGAGCUGCGCAGCGAGGAGAGACGCGCGUACGACGAUGAUCGCAUGGAGCGUGAGCGCAUCCGCGAGGAGGUACUUGCGCGCAAGCGGCUCGAGGAUGAGCGCCGGGAAGAAGAAGAGAUCAAGCGUCUGCGCAAGAUCCUGGUCCAUAAAGCACAGCCCAUUCGGCAUUACAAGCCGGUUGACAUCCAACCCUCUGAUCGCCCGCUGACUGUGCCCAAAACGCCCCAGUGGCAUAUUCGGACACGAGACCGGUCGACCACCACACCUACACCCAUUCCUGCUCCUGCUCCUACUCUUGAUCCGGCUACGCCCACACCCAUGCCCUUGAAUUGA